UUCCUUAAGUGUCUCCUUUAUCCGCUGUAAUUGGAUCCUGGAGGGAGCCGGCGAGCAAAGGAGGGGCCGAGGGAGGCUGGGCGGGAUUGCAGGGGGAGGCAAAAGAGUCCCGAGGCUUCGGCCUCCCUCGCCUGUCAAGCCUUUGAUUUCAUUGUUCCAGGCUGAUGUCACUCCCAGUUGUCACAGACGCUUCUCCGGGUGACAAUGUGGGACUAGGAGGAGGCACGGCAAGGACCCCCCUGGACAGACCCCGAAGAUUUGGCGCCUUCCGCUCCUGCUAGACCCUGGGUGUUGGUUUCCUUAGGAGCAGAUCCAUGCAUUCCUACAUCAUGGCAUCGCCAGAUAGGAUGAGUGGCUCAGAUAAUGGACUAGACGAAGCAGAACUCAGCAUCACUCUCACCCUUCGAAUGCUUAUGCAUGGGAAGGAAGUUGGCAGUAUCAUAGGCAAGAAAGGAGAGACUGUGAAGAGGAUACGGGAACAAAGUACAGCCAGGAUCACAAUUUCAGAGGGAUCGUGUCCAGAACGGAUCACCACUAUCACAGGAUCCACUGAUGCAGUUUUUAGAGCUGUUUCCAUGAUUGCUUUCAAGCUGGAAGAGGAUCUGGGAACAGGAGCUGCCAAUGGAGGAACUGUCUCCAGGCCACCUGUCACACUGAGGCUGGUCAUUCCAGCCAGCCAAUGUGGCUCGCUCAUUGGCAAAGCAGGAGCCAAAAUAAAGGAUAUCCGAGAGACCACAGGAGCACAAGUCCAAGUGGCUGGAGACCUCCUCCCCAACUCCACCGAGAGGGCUGUGACAGUCUCUGGAGUACCAGAUGCCAUCAUCCAGUGUGUGCGACAGAUCUGCGCUGUCAUCUUGGAGUCUCCACCAAAAGGCGCCACUAUUCCCUACCACCCCAGCCUGUCCUUGGGAUCAGUUCUUCUUUCAGCCAAUCAGGGAUUCUCCAUGCAAGGACAGUACAGUGGUAUGUCUCAAGCAGAGGUGUCGAAGUUGCAGCAGCUUUCUGGGCAGCCUGUCUCAUUCGCUUCCUUGGGACAAUCUCCAUCAAUAGUAGCAGCCCUGGACACGAAUGCUCAGAAUAGCUCUCAGGAGUUCCUGGUUCCUAAUGAUCUCAUUGGCUGCAUCAUUGGCCGCCAGGGCAGCAAGAUCAGCGAGAUCCGGCAGAUGUCCGGAGCACACAUCAAGAUUGGGAACCAGACCGAGGGCUCUGCUGAGCGUCACGUGACCAUCACCGGCACCCCAGUCAGCAUCACUUUGGCUCAGUACCUCAUCACAGCCUGUUUAGAGACGGCCAAAUCUACCUCCCAGACGCCCCCCGUUGACCUCGGCAUGACUUUCUCCCAGCCCCUCACCCCUUCGCCAGCCCCAACGCUGACAGCAGUGGCCGCGCCUCCCCCAGCCUUGCUUGGUGCCCCCUAUGCCAUCUCCCUCUCCAACUUCAUUGGCCUGAAACCCGUCCCCUUCUUGACGCUACCUUCCUCAGCCACGGGGCACAAUGGCAGCCUUGCCACCUACACGACCAAGAUCUCGACAGCCAAUGCCAGCAAGAAGGCUGAGAGGCAGAAGUUCUCCCCAUACUGAAACAGGAAGGUGGGGCAGGGAGGGGAAACCUUAGGAGAACCCUCACACGCUUUGUUAGAUGGCAUCAGCGUCGGGCCGCUCCAAAGCGAGACUACCUGGGGAAAGAGGUGAGGGGGGGAGCCACAAGUGCAGGAAAGGAAGUGUAUGUGGGAGAGGAUAACCGAGACAGCUCUUGAAAGCAGUGCUGGCCAUGAGACAGUCAGGGAAGUGGUGCUUCUGCAGAGCUCCCACCCGAUCCUGGCUAAAGAUAUGUCUAUCAUGGGUAAGAGCAAUCAAGCCUCAUAGUUUUGCUUCCCUGGAACAAAUCUCUGCCCCACACUAUAAAGUGUUAUUAUCCUUUACCUUCCAUAAACCUUCCUGAUCGCUUUCAGCAAUGAAGAUGAAGAGGUUCUCUCUCCAUCUGGUUUCUUGACAUGUUUUCUUUUUUUAAGGAAAACAUGUUACUUAAAGACAAUUGGAACCCCACUCAAA